UUACAGCUGAAGGGGGCGGGGGAGGGGGGGGUACCACACAACACCCCGGCAAACCUCCGGGCCCCCAGGCAUGGCUAGCUCGUGUGCCGUGCAGGUGAAGCUGGAGCUGGGGCACCGCGCCCAGGUGAGGAAGAAACCCACGGUGGAGGGCUUCACCCACGACUGGAUGGUGUUCGUGCGCGGCCCGGAGCACAGUAACAUUCAGCACUUUGUGGAGAAAGUCGUCUUCCACUUGCACGAAAGCUUCCCUAGGCCAAAAAGAGUGUGCAAAGAUCCACCUUACAAAGUAGAAGAGUCUGGGUAUGCUGGUUUCAUAUUGCCAAUUGAGGUUUAUUUUAAAAACAAGGAAGAACCUAAGAAAGUCCGCUUUGAUUAUGACUUAUUCCUGCAUCUUGAAGGCCACCCACCAGUGAAUCACCUCCGCUGUGAGAAGCUUACUUUCAAUAACCCCACAGAAGACUUCAGAAGAAAGUUGCUGAAGGCAGGAGGGGACCCUAACAGGAGCAUUCAUACCAGCAGCAGCAGCAGCAGCAGCAGUAGCAGCAGCAGCAGCAGCAGCAGCAGUAGCAGCAGCAGCAGUAGCAGCAGCAGUAGUAGCAGCAGCAGCAGCAGCAGUAGCAGCAGCAGCAGCAGCAGCAGUAGUACCAGCUUUUCAAAGCCUCACAAAUUAAUGAAGGAGCACAAGGAAAAACCUUCUAAAGACUCCAGAGAACAUAAAAGUGCCUUCAAAGAACCUUCCAGGGAUCACAACAAAUCUUCCAAAGACUCCUCCAAGAAACCCAAAGAAAACAAGCCACUGAAAGAAGAAAAAAUAGUUCCUAAAAUGGCCUUCAAGGAACCUAAACCCAUGUCAAAAGAGCCAAAAGCAGACAGUAACUUACUCACCAUCACCAGUGGGCAGCAGGAGAAGAAGGCUCCCAGUAAAAGGCCCCCCAUUUCCGAUUCUGAAGAACUCUCAGCCAAAAAAAGGAAAAAGAGUAGUUCAGAGGCUUUAUUUAAAAGUUUUUCUAGUGCACCACCACUGAUACUCACUUGUUCUGCUGACAAAAAACAGAUAAAAGAUAAACCUCAUGUCAAGAUGGGAAAGGUCAAAAUUGAGAGUGAGACAUCAGAGAAGAAGAAGUCGACGUUGCCGCCGUUUGAUGAUAUUGUGGAUCCCAACGACUCAGACGUGGAGGAGAAUAUGUCCUCAAAAUCUGACUCAGAGCAACCCAGUCCUGCCAGCUCCAGCUCCAGCUCCAGCUCCAGCUUCACACCAUCCCAGACCAGGCAACAAGGUCCUUUGAGGUCUAUCAUGAAAGAUCUGCACUCGGAUGACAAUGAGGAGGAGUCUGACGAGGCAGAGGAUAAUGACAAUGACUCUGAGAUGGAAAGACCUGUAAAUAGAGGAGGAAGCCGAAGCCGCAGGGUCAGCUUGAGUGAUGGCAGCGACAGUGAAAGCAGCUCCACCUCUUCACCCCUCCAUCAUGAACCCCCGCCGCCAUUAUUGAAAACUAACAACAACCAGAUUCUUGAAGUGAAAAGUCCAAUCAAACAAAGCAAAUCAGAUAAGCAAAUAAAGAAUGGUGAAUGUGACAAGGCAUACCUAGAUGAGUUGGUAGAACUCCACAGAAGGCUAAUGACACUGAGGGAAAGACACAUUCUGCAGCAGAUCGUGAACCUUAUAGAAGAAACUGGACACUUUCAUAUUACAAAUACAACAUUUGAUUUUGAUCUUUGCUCGCUGGACAAAACUACAGUCCGUAAAUUACAGAGUUACCUGGAAACAUCUGGAACAUCCUGAGGAUACAACAACUGGAUGCAUCAAAAACUAUUUUUUUUUGGUUGUGAUUUUUUUUGUUGUUGUUGUUGUUUAUAUGAAAACACUCAGAAUGAUACAACCAAAAGGGAAAAAGAAAUAAAAGUCAAACAACCUUCAGCUUUAUUUUUCUUUAAAGCCAGUCAUCAUCUCUUGAUAAAGGAGAGGUUACGCAAACCAGCCUCAGAGGACGCACCUCUCCAAGGAAAUCCCAGGAAGAGUUAGCCUGGCUAGCCUUGAAAACACGCAGACGCAACACAAGAAAACUUAAGGAAUGUGUAUGGUACCAUGGAUCUUUCUGUGGUGGUUCAUUCCACAGGACGAAUGCAUAUUCAACACACUGCCUUAUUACAUAACUGAUCUAUUUAUUACCACAUACAGAUAAAAUUGUGAGGGGAUGACACCACCAGACAUUCUCAGUCCUUGGUCCCGUGGAUGCUCUUUCAAUGCAGCAGCGCAGCGCCCUUGCCGUCCCAAGCCCAGUGACCUUACUCAAAUACCGUGCCACUCUCCACCAACUUUCUCCAAGUCCUUUAACUUGUUGCAGUCUAUGUGUUUCACCUUUGUUUUUUCCAGUUCCAGGACACAGUUGUCCACUGGGGGGUGGGGGGGUCGGACCAAAUAGCCACCUUGAUUUUCGUCCUUGUGGUCUUUUUUCCUAAAAGUUGAGGCCCCAGUCCUUGGCUGUAUCCAUGUAAUGAUCUUGGACGUGGUAGAUGUACCAAAUAGGAUCAUUUGAAUUGCUGUCUAGCCUUAGUCAAUAAACCUGUAGGACUUUGAACGAAA